CAUUGUAGGUAACGUAUUUGGUUUCAAAGCCCUACGUGCUCUACGUUUGGAGGAUCUACGAAUUCCCCCUACUUAUUCAAAAACUUUCCAAGGCCUGCCUCAUGGUAUCCAAGUUGAAAGAGAUAAGUUGAACAAGUAUGGUCGUCCUUUAUUGGGAUGUACUAUUAAACCAAAAUUGGGAUUAUCCGCAAAAAAUUAUGGUAGAGCGUGUUAUGAGUGUCUACGUGGUGGACUUGAUUUUACCAAAGAUGAUGAAAACGUAAACUCACAACCAUUUAUGCGCUGGAGAGACCGUUUUGUCUUUUGUGCCGAAGCUACUUAUAAAUCACAGGCCGAAACCGGUGAAAUCAAGGGGCAUUACUUGAAUGCGACUGCGGGUACAUGUGAAGAAAUGAUUAAGAGAGCUGUAUUUGCAAGAGAAUUAGGGGUUCCUAUUGUAAUGCAUGACUACUUAACCGGGGGAUUCACCGCAAAUACUACUUUGGCUCAUUAUUGCCGCGACAAUGGCCUACUUCUUCACAUUCACCGUGCAAUGCAUGCAGUUAUUGAUAGACAGAAAAAUCAUGGUAUGCAUUUCCGUGUAUUAGCUAAAGCAUUGCGUAUGUCUGGGGGAGAUCAUAUCCACUCCGAUACAGUAGUAGGUAAGUUAGAAGGGGAACGCGAAAUGACUUUAGGUUUUGUUGAUUUAUUGCGCGAUGAUUUUAUUGAAAAAGAUCGUGCUCGUGGUAUCUUUUUCACUCAGGACUGGGUAUCCAUGCCAGGUGUUAUACCGGUAGCUUCAGGUGGUAUUCAUGUUUGGCAUAUGCCAGCUCUGACCGAAAUCUUUGGGGA